CCUAUCGACACAGCGGAGCAGUACUACUCCUAGCCCGUAUCCGCGAGGGGCGAGAUCAAGCGCUCGGAUCUGACAGCAGCGCAGACAGCGCUUCAGUCCCCCCCCGCUCCGCCACACAGGCCGCCCCGCUCCGCACGGCCGCAGCUCCGGCUCCCCUCACUGAAGGACGCGGAGAGGAGGAGGGCAGAGCCCGGGAAAGGAGAGCUGAGGAGCCGCCAGUCUGAGCCGGCUCGUCCGCGGGAGUCGCCAGGUACGAUUCUGAGCUGAGCCUGCAAAAACCUCCGAGCAUCAUAAUCCAAUCCCUAAGACGAAGACAACAUGGAGCUUUCAAAUGUCUUCCUUCUCCCCAUUAUUCUCAUUGUGUUCUUUGUCGACUGUUGUGCUGCCCAGAGUGACGCUGAGCUUACAGUAACAACCAGAUUAGGCCGUGUCCAUGGUAAGCGCUUGCCUGUUCCUGAACGAGGCCAUGUGAUUGCCUUCCUGGGUAUCCCAUUUGCCGAACCUCCAGUGGGAAGAAGGCGUUUUAAGCCAGCAGAGCCCAAAAAGCCCUGGAAUGAUGUGUUUGAAGCCAAAGAAUACCCCAAUGCUUGCUACCAGUUUGUGGACACUUCAUAUCCCGGCUUUCCUGGCACUGAAAUGUGGAAUCCCAACAGAAAUAUGAGUGAGGACUGCCUUUACCUAAAUGUCUGGGUUCCUUCUUCCCCUCGGCCACAUAACCUCACCGUUAUGGUCUGGAUAUAUGGCGGAGGCUUCUACAGUGGCUCCUCCUCCCUGGACGUCUAUGACGGUCGCUAUCUAGCUCAUUCUGAGAAGGUGGUGGUGGUCUCAAUGAACUAUAGGGUGGGUGCUUUUGGAUUCCUCACCUUUAACGGCUCCUCUGAUGCUCCAGGGAAUGUGGGUCUGCUGGACCAAAGAUUGGCACUCCAGUGGGUUCAAGACAACAUUCAGUUCUUUGGAGGCAACCCCAGACAAGUGACUAUUUUUGGGGAAAGUGCAGGCGGAGCCUCGGUUGGUAUGCAUCUUUUGUCGCCAGAGAGUCGUCCAAAAUUUACCCGUGCCAUCUUGCAAAGUGGUGUGCCAAAUUGCCCAUGGGCCACAGUUACCUUUGACGAGGCUCGUAGGAGAGCCACCAAGCUGGCCACGCUGGUAGGCUGCCCUGACGGAAAUGACACCGAGCUGAUCGCCUGCCUAAGGAACAGGGAUCCAUUGGAGCUCAUUGAGCAUGAGUGGCAGGUACUUCCGUACAGCAGCCUGUUCCGCUUUUCCUUUGUGCCCGUUGUGGAUGGCGUGGUCCUCCCUGAUAGUCCCGAAGCCAUGCUUAAUGCAGGCAACUUUAAAGAUACUCAAAUCCUUUUGGGUGUGAACCAGAAUGAAGGGUCCUAUUUCUUGAUUUAUGGUGCACCAGGUUUCAGCAAGGACAAUGAAAGCCUGAUCUCAAGGGAGGACUUCCUGGAAGGCGUGAAGAUGAGUGUUCCUCACGCAAACGAGAUUGGAUUGGAGGCAGUUGUCCUUCAGUACACAGACUGGAUGGAUGAAGACAACCCCCUGAAGAACCGUGAGGCCAUGGAUGACAUUGUGGGAGACCACAAUGUGAUCUGCCCUCUGCAGCAAUUUGCAAAAGCCUAUGCCCAGCACGGCGCACAAAACGCCCACGCAGGAGCAAUGAACCAAGGAAAUCUAGGCUAUGGCAACUCAGCUGGUAACAGUGGCAAUUCAGGUUCGAUAUAUCUCUACCUGUUUGAUCAUCGAGCUUCUAAUCUGGCCUGGCCUGAGUGGAUGGGUGUGAUCCAUGGCUAUGAGAUUGAGUUUGUAUUUGGUCUGCCUUUGGAGAAGAAGCUCGGCUACACAGUAGAAGAGGAGAAACUCAGCAAACGCAUGAUGAAAUACUGGGCUAACUUUGCACGGACUGGGAACCCCAAUAUUAACACUGAUGGCUCUAUUGACACCCGGAAACGGUGGCCUCUCUUCACAGCUAACGAACAGAAGCAUGUGUCCCUGAACACAGAGCCAAUAAAGAUUAUCAAAGGCCUGAAAACGCAGUUCUGUGCCCUUUGGAACCGAUUUCUGCCUAGAUUACUCAACAUUACUGAUAACAUUGACGAUGCUGAGCAGCAGUGGAAGGCUGAGUUCCAUCGCUGGAGCUCCUACAUGAUGCACUGGAAGAGCCAGUUCGAUCACUACAGCAAGCAAGAGCGCUGUACAGACCUCUAAACAGACGUACAGAAAGUGUAAGAGAGAGAGAAAGAAUGCAAGGGAAUGAAAACGAGAGGAAGAGCGAUGACCAUAUUACUCCAUAGUCUCUAGAGUUCCCUGGGUUACAGUAGAUGAUUCUUUGAACGGUGCCUAAGAUUGGAUUCGUGAAUAUUACAGCUAAAUGCACUGUGAAGUGUCUUGUCCUUCACCUGUAAAACCAAGGCUAUGUGUGUCAUUUAAUAUUGUAUCACCUUUUAUUUGUUGUAAAGAGUUAUUAAGAGUUGAAAAAAAGAGAUUAUUGCGGUAAGAGAUUAUAGAGUGUUGUGGUCAUCAUAAAGGAAGAAGGAGAGAAAAUGCUGAAGGUGCGAUAUUACCUCUGAUAACUAGCGAGUGUGUGUGUGUGUGUAUGAGAGAGAGAGUUUGUAUGCGUGUGCAUCAGUACAACUGAUGCUUGGAAACCCUCAUUCACUCUGGUCCUCAGGAUCCCACAUUUCCCUUUUUUACUUAAGGAUUUCCUUUGAUCUGUUCUAGUCGGCUGCUUAACUUAUGAUGGCUGCUUGACCAUUGGCGUGUUUAUCAGUGCGUUUCUUCUGUGUCUAUCUUCCCCACCGUCGUUCGGUCUUGCUAUAUGCUUCAAUACUCUAUCAUUACGUGCAGUCACCUGCUGUCUGCUGUGGGUCCAACUCAACUCUUUGAUAUCACAUAUAGGAAUCAUGAGCCAUUUCAGUCUGUGGUCUGUGUCUGUGUGUGUGUGUGUGUGUGUGUGUGUGUAUGUGUUGGCUAUAUACUGCACCAGAGAGUGUUUGUUGUGGUGUGCAACUGUGCGAGUGAGUGCGUGUGUGACUUGUGAUUUCAAUGUACUUUCGCCAGUAUGUAGACAUGUCUUCAUCUUGAUUGCUGUACACAUUGCAUGAACAUUGGUGCUCACAGCAUGAUCCUCCACUAGUUCUGUGUGUUUGUGAGCGUGUGCUAGGUUCCACAAGUGACUGUUGGGAGUGUGUGUGUUUGCAGGAGCUUACAUACACCCCUAUUUGGCACCUAAAGGGUCAGUAUUCACCUACAUGUAUUGUCUAUAUGUAGCACACCACUCGUGAAUGUCACCUCUACGUUCAUUAUACUCGCCCGGGCAUUUUGUGUGCGCGCGUAUGCAUGUAUGACUGAGUGUGUGUGUGUGUGUCUCUGUGUGUGUGUGUGUACGUCCUAAAAAGAAAAGAGCUGCGUGAAUACUGUGUGAUGUCUGUGUGCCAAAGAGUCAAUACCCCCCCUCCCUCAGUGGGAAAGAAUUUUCAUUACGGUAAUGGAAGGAGCGUAAUUUAGUUAGUGCUUGUUUGAAAUGACAGCCUGCUGUGUCAGCCAUCUUAACUCCAGCCCCACCAUCAGUCACUUGAUGCAGUGGGUGGAUGAUGAAGGAAAACAGAGAGAGUGUUCUGGAGGAAGUGUUCAGAGAAGGGAAGACAAAUUCACAGGAGCCACCACUGCACUCUUAAAAGAACCAAAAUGAAAGGUGCCAAAACAUGUUGCCGUAAAAUCAAUACCAUAGAAAUAAACCACUAUUGCUUUCCCAAAGGACCUUAAAGUUAAAUGAUUAACCAAUGAAAGGUCCUUCUGAAAUAUAAAUGUGGCAUUUCCUGGCGACGCUGCAGAUAAUCAUUUUUUGGCACUUUCAUUUAAAAGAGUUUGUUCUGUAUUUAUUACAUUUCAGCAUGUCUGUUUUUUUUGUUGUAUUUUUGUUGCAUGCUUACAUCAUUUAACAGAUCUAGAGCUCUUUCAAACCACAUGCACUCUUAAAAGUAAAGAUGCUACCAAGAAUUAUUUGAGCAGUGGGAUAGAAGAAUCCUUUUUAUGGCUCUUACAAGAACCAUUUUGGUAAAAUGUUCCAAAUGUUCCUUCUUUUAAAAGGUUUACAUUUUAAGUUUACUUGAAUAUUUUUGUAUAAAUAGGUUUUAUGGGACUCUCUCUGAUCCCAUUGUGAUGCUGGCCAGCACAGGCAUCUUUUGGCCAACAUAUCAGUGCUGGGGAGCCGCCGCUUUCCUGUUAGCUUACUUGCAUGGCUGACUUGAAUCAGAGGAGGCAUGCCCUUGUCCUCACUCUCCUAGUGUUGGGAGCAUUCUAUAAAGAGGGUAUGUGUAUUGGCUUAGCUAAAAAUGGAGAGAAAAUUAAGUAACUAAAAAAAGGGUCUUCUAUGAGAAUCGCUCAGCAAACCCAGUUUAGCAUCUUUAUUUUUAAAAGUGUACUACCAUCAAAUUAGUACACCACCGCUGGUAGUAUACGAAUUGAGACAGCCUAAAUCUCUACAUUGUGUACAUUGUUUUAGUUUGCUGAAAUCAGGAUACGUGUUUUAAUUAUUGUGUACUGUAUUUAUUACUGUAUUUCAGGACAGCUUUUAAACAUAUAUUAUUAUGAUUUUUGUGAUCAUUUGAAUGUAUCUAUUUUUUUUCUCCAUUAUAUAAGCUUUCUUUUCUGUCUGUCUGUUUAUUCUGUUUAUACAUUAUAAAGUGUGUGGUUGUUUGCAUUUAUCUCUAUAAGUCACACCACUGAUUUACCCACAAAUUAUUUAUUUAUGUAUACUAUACUUUGGUUAACACUGUGGAAGGGAUGUGUGGAAGGUCAUGCUGUGCUGUGAUUGGACAGCGGUUCCUCCCAGGAGCAUUGCGGUUGGCUGUCAUCAGACAUGAAACCUCGAUAUGCUUGGAUUAGUGUACUUUUACUUUUAAACAAUGUAAUCACACAUGAAAAAAGGAAUAGCAGAAAAGUACUGUCUUAAAUUAUUUAGGUAGAAAUAUUUGAGUAGAAGAGAUAAGUGAAGUAACUGCAUGUGUCUACAGUGUGGCUGUGCGCGCGUUUCUCUGUGAGUUUGAUUGAAUGACAGCUGCUCUUGCCCCCUUUGCUCAAGGAGAGGGCGUCCUUAUCUCCUCCGUCCAAUGAAAACUCCUGUGCAUGCCCUAGAGCUCCUCCUCCCCUCUGUAUUCUGUACUAAAAAAAAUGACUGUUAUCCCUUGUAACAAUAUGCCAGUGCUGAUGUAUAUUAAAAUAAAUAACAGAUUUAUAUGAAGUAUAUUAAAUUAAAACAGUAUUAAUGGCCCUGAGAUUGAUGUUAGCAAUAAGAGGACAUUACAUGCAAUGGAAUAUGUUUGAUAAUCGAAUGUGUCAGUGUUUAAUUAAUGAGAAAAGAGUGAUUGGAAAUGAAGAUAAUGGUGAAGAUUACAUUGAGGAUGAUGUUGUUGGGAAUUGUCACUGAUUACACAUAUCUGGACAAAGCAAUAGAGGGUGUUUUUAUUGGUAGUAUUUCUGUCAGUGACUUAAUAUUAGAAAUGACCUACACAACUGUUGUGAUUAAUGCAGCCUCCUUUUUCACCACCACUAAUUGGUAUCCAGUGUAGGCCUCCUGCCAAAAAAUGUGUGGUCUUGUAGACCUAAGGGAACAUUUAUCCUCAGAGAAAUAUGUAUGAUUCUAUUCCCCCUCAAAAUUGGCAGGUAUUUUGAUGGGUUGUCCAUUUGUUUGUGCCAUCACUAUUCAUGUUAUUCUUUUCGGUCCAGAUAUUGCUCACUGUGCCAAAAUUGUGUGGUGACAGCACUGUGCGACUCCUCUGCAUGGUAUGUUUCUGCCCUCUCAGGGCACUGUAUCUGAAGUCCUCCAACAAAACCUCAUUAAACAGACUGACUUAAACGGA